AUGGCAACAGCCAAAACAGAGCAGAAGCUCGGCUACGAGAUGCAAGUCAGCGCCAACGACGGCAACCUCGCCCAGCUCCAAACCCAGCUCGCCCACUGGGAGGCGGGCAUAACCGGUAACAACCACACGCAAACGGAUUAUCUAUGCUCUAGAAUUACGGUCGCCGAGGAAAAAGAAGUCUGCCAGGCGCUCGGUCGCAAAUAUCACCCCGCCGAGCCCAUAGAUUUAAUUUAUAUCAUGCUGAACCGGUUGAUGAUCCAGGCGUCAAGGAAGAAUCAAGUAAAUGUAAUCCGGUACCUUCUGGAAGACAGAAAGUGGCUAGUUUCACGCAUCGCCAUCCAGAGGGCGAUGGAGACGGAGUCGUUUGAUGUCCUGGAGUUAUUUCAGAAACAUGGAUGGGGGAUCAAUGAGCCGAUAAAGCAGAAUCAUUGUACGAUCCUCAGACAAGUCGUGAACCAUGAGAGAAGCGUACGCUGGUGCCUCGCCCAUGGCGCUGAUCCAAACGCCCAAGGUUACAAAGGUCAUAUUGAUGUCCUCAGCUUUGCUGCUGAACAUGGCUCAAUGCAGACUCUCCGACUUCUCGCCGCCCACGGGGGCAACUUCUGUCGCAGCAAUGCCCUGCACCGGGCUGCCCAAGGCGGCAGGAUCGAUGUUCUGGAGUGGUUACUGGAUGAAGUUGGCUUCCCUGUCAGCCAACGCGAGUACGAGUAUCAUAACGACUACCAGUGGACGGAAACGGCUCUAUAUUAUGCGGUUAAGGGUAAUGCGUUGGACUGCGUGCGGCUCCUGCUGCAGCGGGGUGCUGAUGUUAGUGUGAGAGAUGAAAAGGGCCGUACUGUGAGGGAUGUUGGGUUGCAACAGGGCCAUGAAGAUGUUGUUUCAAUGUUGGAUGGGGGAGUCAUUUAA